CGCGUAGGCUACUAAACCGAAAGUAGAUUUCCCGUGUCCGUGCAGGCGUGCGGAAUGCUCGUUGUGUGAGGACUGUUCAUUUUUGUAGGCUACUGGAUAAACGCUGCGACACCUCCUGCAGAUGUUUCAUUCGACAGGGUGAAGAUGACUCACUUUAAUCUGACCAUUGCGGAGGAGAUGCAGCUGUUCCAGAGAGAGACUCACUGUAAUCUGACCAUCGGGGAGGAGGUGCGGGUGUUCCAAAUGGUGACGGCCAUCCCCACGUUCGUCCUCGGUGUUCUGGUCAACUCUGCGGUACUGGUGCUCUUCUGUCGGCAGUGGCGGAACUGCAGCGACAUGAUGGUGUACCUGACCAACCUGGCACUGGCCGACAUCUGCGUCCUGGUGUCGCUGCCCUUCAGGAUGUACUCGUACCAGAACCCCUGGCCCUUCUCCAUCAGCUCCUGCCUGGUCUUCGUCUCCACCUACUUCGUCAACAUGUACGUCAGCAUCUUCACCACCGUGGCCAUUAGUGUCGUCCGCUACGUGGCUGUUAAGUACCCCUUCAAGGCGCAUGCUGUUAUGUCCCCGUGGAAGGCGCUGGUGGUGUGUGUGAGCAUCUGGGCGGUCAUUGCCUCCCUGAGCGCCACGUUCCACUCUGUAGAUAAGCCGCAAGGAAAUUCGUCAGAAAACUCGCCUAGUUUCAAGUGCUUCCAGAAGAACUCAAACCGACCGCUCCCCCUCUCCUUCAUCCUGACGCUGGACGUUGUGGGUUACAUGCUGCCGUUCGUCAUCAUCACGUACUGCUCGGUGAUGGUGAUCCGCACCCUCUCCAGGAGGACGGACUCAGAGGGUGACAGCACACAGAAGAGCAAGUCGGUGAACAUCAUCACCGCCAACCUCGCCAUCUUCAUCGUCUGCUUCUCGCCGCUCCACUUCGGCUACCUGUUCAAGUUCCUGUGCGAGACCUACUCAAAAAACUGUGCCCUGAAGCAGUUUGCCCACUCUUUCGUCCACGUGGCCAACAGCCUGGCAUCCACCAACUGCUUCCUGGACGCCUUCAGCUACUACUUCCUGGCGCGUGGCAGCUGGGGGACUGUGAAUGACGCGUGCUGUGGCACCCAGCACAGGGAGACGGUCAACACCGUGAUCUGACCGUCAGGGUCAGGCUAGUUGUGGUAGUUGUGAAAUAACUGAAACACCUUCGCUCACCCCCUAGCAUUCCGAACUCCGCCGUUUUCAGCCGAGCUUGCAGUAGGCUUGAAUCUAUUAGAUUGGGCAUAACGUACCCUAUGCAGCUAAAUCGCUAUUUUUAAACCAUUAAAACGGUUCCAUGUAACUCCACACUGUAUUGGUAGACUUCUGAGGGUCCUGACAUUUAAAACGAGAUACUGAGAACUUUGGAAAUGCACAGGAAGUUUAUUAAAAAAGA